GCGGAUGUCGCGGAGCGUGAAGAUUGAAAAAUAUAGUAGCUAUAUAUAUUUACUUUUACACGCGAAUUUUAAGUGAUAUGCUGUACCACAAACUAAAUAAAAGUCAAGAUCAGUUAAUAGUAAUAUUAUUUUAACGCGGCAACCGGAAACGGCUUCAUGAUAGUAGCGGCUAAUGCUGCCUGUCCGGUUGUUGUGGUCGGUUCUGUUAGAAACCAGAGAAAGGUAGAGUUGGCUUAGAAGCAUUUAUGCAGGUUUCGUUUUUCCAGUAUAAUUGUCCCGUUUUAACCGUGUGCAAGCAGUAACGGAUUCAGAACAUCAGUCAUUAAUACUGAUCUAAUGUAAGGGAUGGAUAAGUCACCUGCUUUGAAUGCCGCUGGUGCAGAAAGCAAAGAUUCGAUGUGCGAUUCAGUGAAAUGCUGCAUUUGCCUGAAUCCUUUUGACAAGCAGACUGUGGGCUCUCUGGAGAACUGCCAGCACGUCUUUUGCCUUGAAUGUAUUCUCCAGUGGUCCCAGACAGCUAACACUUGCCCAGUGGAUCGGAUCAGUUUUGCUUUCAUCCACCAGAGACCGAGUCCCGGAGGCAACGUUCAAAAGAAGAUCAAAGUGAGGAUAUGGAAAAAGAAUGAUGGCGACGAUGAAGAGGAGGAGAGCAGCGCUGCGGUUAUCUGUGAGGAAUGUGGGCGUGGAGACCGGAGGCACCGGCUGCUGGUGUGCGUACUCUGUGAUUCAGGGUAUCAUAUGCACUGCUUGAGACCAUCUUUAAACACGGGACCCGAAGGUGACUGGAUUUGUCCUGAGUGUGCAGUCACUCCUCAUCACACAGAGAGCUCCCUGGCAGAAGAGGAGAUCAGUGAUGGAGAACUCACAGACCUCCUGGCUGAAGUGGAAGAAACUGCCUCUAUCGGCAGUCGCCUUCGGCCCUCCACCGUGAAUCGUCCCAGCAGCUCAACCGAACGGCGACGCAGCACGAGGAUCCAGAGCAGAGCUGGCAGGAGUCCAAUUCCGCGACCACAAACCUCCUGGCAUGUACCUAAAUACCUGCUGAGGGCAUCAAAGCCUGCAGUCCCAACUGAUGAAGCUCUUAAUCAGAGUGAAACCAGCCAGACUUCAGUCAAGAUGAAGAGAAGAAGACGGAAGCGUGCAGCUUAAACGUCUGACAGCAACAAACUGAUUAGAAGAAAAAUCGGUCAAUUCUUUUUGUACAAUAAAUACGUUUAUUUAAUGAAGUCAUGGAAAAUUUUACCUUCAUACUAUGAAGAUUUUCUGACUUACAGACCCUUAGAGUCCGUGGUGGGUCAAAAUUCAGUGCUUUUAAUUAUUUUUUCCCACAUUUUUAAGCUUUAAAUACAGGAAGUAUCCACAUGAAACCUUUCAGGACCCCCCCUCCCCAAAGUGUCACAAUCUAAUGCCCAAAUCUCUAUAACCAACUCUGAGCAUCAGUAUCAUGGGAUGUGUCAUAAAUAGCAAAACUGCACCAAUUUAAUGUCUUAGAUGCAGAGCAGGGGUGGACAAUUAAUUUUUUCCAAUGAGCAACAUGAGAAACUGGGACUGUUGAGCAGGGCUCUCACCGUGUGCAAUAGGUGGCUGGUCAAAAGAAGUUAUGGCUUAUGGAAGGUCUCCUUUUUACCCUUUAUUUUGAUACCAUGAUCAUAUCUUGACCACGAUAGCUUCCGUGUCUGUGUUGAAACUAUUUGCAGCUACAAGUGCACUUUUCAUAACAGACCACAAGAUGGCAGCAUUGUAUUACCUGAACUACAGGUUCGGGUUCAGUACCAGAAGCUUCAGGUCCAGUCCUGGUGGUUCGUCAUUCCACAAAAAAGAACUGUCAAUAAAUGCUUUCAUUUUUGCUUUGUUUUGUUUUUUGUUCAAAGUUAUUGGAAACAUUUUUCACAUUUUGAAGUUGAGGAUUACCAAAAAUAUUGCCCAACAAAAGGCUAACUCAUUCUG